UAAUACCAUAGUCAUCGCGGCAAUGAAUUUAUUUUCGGUCUUGCCUCAAUUAAUAUUCUCAACAAUUUAAUAACACACUAUUUAAUGAGAAUCUUAACCAAGGGAGGAGUUAAUGUUCACAUUACUAAAGAAUGGAGUAAGUGUAUAAGAAUUUGAACAGACGAAAGGGGUUCAUAAAAGGGUUCUACUAAAGGGAAGAAGAAUGAGCCAGUCAGGCAUGGAGGAAGAAGCCCCAGACGUUUUGUGCCACCUGGAAAACGUUCAAGGCUUAGUGGACGCCCUCACCGCCGUUCGAUGGAAGCGCCACCAGGACGCCGUUUUGGAAUUGUCCGAACACGGCCUCGUUUUGAUAGUCGAAGAAAGCGGUUGCCUCCAAGCCAAGGUUUAUCUCAAACGUGAGCUAUUCAUUCGCUAUGAUUACAAUGCACACGGACGACCUCGUUUUGGAGUGAGUUUGGGGCUUUUCGUGGAUUGCUUGAACGCCUUCUCGGUUCCUGGUCAUUCAAGCGUCAUUCAGAUUCAAUAUCCUGGUCCUGACAUGCAGGUUCUUCUCAAAUCUGUAGAUUCGCCGAAUGGCAGUAUUUGUGCAGAGAUCAGGACAAGGAUUCCUGAUACAAUUGCAUGGGACUACAAUUUUGAACCUGCUGGGACAAACCCUUUAACCUUUACUGUUAAGUCUGCAGCACUAAAGGAAGCUAUUGAAGAUCUUGAAUGGCCAGGAUCAAGCAUCCAGAUUAUUCUAGAGCCAGAUCCUCCUUCUGUUACAUUGAGAGCUGAAGGACAUGGAGACUUGCAGAUAGACUUCAUGUAUUAUGUGAAUUCCGAUCUCUUGGUAGCAUUUCAGUGUGAUCAUCGGGUUUCUUUCAAGUACAAAUAUAAGUUUCUCAGAGCAACAACUUCUAAUAUGCCUAGCAGUGUUAUUAAAGAAAAUAGAGGAAGCAAGUUAAGCAUUGGGAGAGGUGGAAUGUUAAAAGUUCAGCAUUUGGUGUCAAUUGCCAAACCAUCUGUGCCAUAUGUUGAUUCUGCAGGCUAUCAGCAACCAAGUCGAAUAGCUCAUAUUGAAUUCUUUGUGAAACCAGAGGAAAGUGAAGACUCAACGAAUGAUUAUUAGGUAGUAUCAAGGAAAGUAUGCCUUAUAGUUUUCCCUACACUGCUUUCGAAUCCAACGUGACGCAAAAAAGAAAACUUGACUGUUGGGAGAUGCGUAACUCAUUUAUGCCACCGCUAAAAUUGGAAAGACAGAUUUAACUGCAACAACUUAAAAGUAACUGAUUUUAUAAUCAGUUCUAGACCCAAAAUAUGAAGGGAAAAAAGUCAUUUAACUAUUGGAAGCUGAAAUACUUAGGACUCCAAAAGUAAUGCUGUACUUGCAUGUGUGGAUAUGGCAUGCUAAAUGAGCUGCGUUAUUUAUUCUCGAAUCAAGUACUCGUGGGCCCAUAAUACAAUUCCUUGAUUAAGACAAAUCCAAAACUCAUAAGACUCUUUCUCUCAGCCUUUCCUUUAUUUUCACGUGUUUCAUUUCUGCGCAAUCCUCGUCCCCUUCUCCCCUUCUUUUAUGCCAUCAGUCCUCCUAUUGCAUGCAAAAACAUU